GAUAGGGGGCUUAAGGCUUAGUUACCCGCCCACAAUCCCGAGGCAAUAACUAGCGUCUCUCUGGUGGCACACCUCUCACAAACGACCAAGAACUCAGCUGCUCAACUUCAGUCUUUGUCUCUGUCUCUCUACUCCACACUCCACGUCGCCAAUACCCACGAAACUCAACAACCAUCCACCUCGCCAAGAAACAACAUGGCAUCGAUGGGACUGCAGAUCCUGGGCAUCGCCCUGAGUGUGCUGGGCUGGUUGGGGGCUAUCGUGACCUGCAUCCUCCCCAUGUGGAGGGUCACCGCUUUCAUCGGCAACAACAUCGUGGUGGCUCAGAUCAUCUGGGAAGGUCUCUGGAUGAACUGCAUCGUGCAGAGCACAGGGCAGAUGCAGUGUAAGGUGUACGACUCGUUGCUGGCUCUCUCUCAGGAUCUCCAAGCCUCCAGAGCCCUGACCGUCAUCGCCAUCGUGGUGGGAGUGCUGGGUAUCAUCGUGUCCAUCAUGGGGGGCAAGUGCACCAACUGCAUCGAAAACGAAGUCACCAAAGCCAAGGUCACCAUCGUGGCUGGGAUUGUCUUCAUCCUCUCUGGGCUGAUGGUCCUGAUCCCGGUUUCCUGGUCAGCCAACACCAUCAUCAAGGAUUUCUACAACCCCAUCGUGACGGACGCCCAGAGGAGAGAGCUGGGGAAAAUGGCAUCGAUGGGACUCCAAAUCCUAGGCAUUGUCCUGUGUGUGUUCGGGUGGCUGGGAGCCCUCCUGACCUGUGUCCUCCCCAUGUGGAGAGUCACUGCUUUCAUUGGCAACAACAUCGUGGUGGCUCAGAUCAUCUGGGAAGGUAUCUGGAUGAACUGCAUCGUGCAGAGCACAGGGCAGAUGCAGUGCAAAGUGUACGACUCGUUGCUGGCUCUCUCUCAGGAUCUCCAAGCCUCCAGAGCCCUGACCGUCAUCUCGAUUGUGGUGGGCAUCAUUGGUAUGAUCGUGUCCAUCAUGGGGGGCAAGUGCACCAACUGCAUUGGGAACGAGGCCACCAAAGCCAAGGUGACCAUCGUGGCUGGGAUUAUCUUCAUCCUGGCUGGAGUUUUGACCCUGAUCCCGGUUUCUUGGUCAGCGAACACCAUCAUCAAGGAUUUUUACAACCCCAUCGUGACGGACGCCCAGAGGAGAGAGCUGGGGGCCUCCCUGUACAUCGGUUGGGGAGCCUCUGGGCUGUUGAUACUUGGGGGGGCUCUGCUCUGCUGCACCUGCCCCCCCAGGAAUGAAAGCGGAUAUUCAGCUAAAUACUCCACCGCUCGAUCCACAGCCCCAAGCAAAAACUAUGUGUAAUCAUUCAACUAGCAUUCAAUUUGAGGUGAAAGGGGUUUUUGAGGCAUGACAAAACAUUGGACUCUUUUUCUUCUCGUCACUUCACGUGUUUUUUUAUAUACCAAUUAAAUUGAAUUAUAUCAUUAAUCUCUUGGACAAGCCAGUAAUCAACCAACCCUAGAGUUAUCAUAAGAUGUGAAUUGUAAAGUGUUUGAGUUGCUUCACCCCCAUUGAAACGUGCGCGGGGGUUGGUGUGUGAGGGACUGAAAUCCAGUGACAAGGUUGACUGUAGUCAACCCAUUGUGGUUGAUGCUCAUCCAGAUACCCCUCCCCCACCAGCACCAUCCCCACCAUCAUAGUGCUGGUCUGACUGGUGGAGAGUUGGUAAAUGAUUGAGCUUAUUGAAACCGACACACUGCGGAGGGAGAGAGAAAGAACUGGGGUUCGUUCACCACUUAGCAGCAAAUCGUAGCUCCAAACCCUCACGCACACUCUAUUCUCUCUGCUGGAGUCUGGGCAGUGUGUAGUUACCAGCAGUGUUAGAGGAAUGGAUGUUGUUAUUUGGUUUUAGUGGUUACAACACAUGCACUGUCGUGCUGGACACAUGUUAACCUGAGUCACUGUGAGGCCCAGUGAUUGUUGCUGGCAUCUUUUUUGUUAGUGAGGAGAGAGGAGUGUGAUUUCGUUUCCCCUAUCUAUUGUGUGCUCCAUUCCAGCAGAGUGCUUUACACAAAUUGACCUGUUUAUUUGAUGUUUUAUACACGUUGAAUUAUUUCCCCUUAUCAUUUGAAAGUUUGUUGGAAAGUCACUAACUUAAAUUCAUUUCUUAAAAGAAGUGCUUAUACUGUCCUUUCUUUCAUGCCAUGUUACGUGUUCAACUAUCGAGAGCACUUGCUGAAAUGUAAUUAGAAAUUUCAGAAUAAAAUCAUUUUAAAAUUAGUUUCGCUCUCUGGUUGGGAUUGAGUCAGUGUGAGCUAAUGUUGCCACCUGGGCUUGCUGGUAAAACCAUUUAAUGUGCCUGUUUAUUGAGUAAAUCGCUUUACUUCAAAUCACGGUUCUGUUGAUUUGUGCAAUUUAUAUCCAUUAAAGUAGUAUUAAAGUUC